AUGAAGGCAGCAUUGGCAGUGUGGAUUUUCUUCCUCAUUGUUCUGAGUCGAUCUGAUGAUGUGUUAUUUCCACGGUUUUUUGGGCGAUCUCGAUCUCAGAAAGUGCAAAGAGUCACUGGAAAACUUGGUGCAGAUAUAAUUCUCCCUUGUUCAUUUAAAGUUGGGUCUGAACCAGUAAUUUACUGGCGGGAUCUAAACACUGAGGUUAUUCACUCAUUCUUCAAAAACAAUGAUCAGAUUAUAAACCCACAAUACAUAAACAGAACAUCCCUAUUUCAUAGUGAAAUUCACAAGGGGAAUGCUUCCUUAUUACUUAAAAGAUUAAACUUUCUGGACGAAGGACUUUAUACCUGCUAUGUGGGGACAUCAUCUGGAAAUUUCUGGGGAAAAGUAGAGCUAAAGGUUGGAGGUUUCAUGACACCUAUGAUAGAGUAUGAGGAGAUUAAUACAAGCAGCAACUUAAUAUGUGGUGUUUUAUGUGUUCAGCCUUGUCCAAAUAUCACAUGGAAAAUAGAUGAUAUUCCCAUCUCUGGCCACACAAAUAUGGAAGAAAAUGGAACUUUAAGUCAUUAUGUUAACAAAAUAAACAUUGAAUCACCAGGUUCAUUUUAUGAAUGUUCUAUUGAAAACUCAUUGCUGGAGCAAACAUGGACCGGCCUAUGGAUACAGAAAGGUGGGCUCGAUAAGGUUGAAAGUGAAGAAGUUUCAUUUCUGUGUGAACUUGGAAACAAUCUUUUUAAACCUGAUGAAGACUUCAUAGUUACUUGGUCCAGAGAGCAAAAUGGAAUCUUUUCCAUGCUUGCUUCCUUUCAUAGCUCCUCACAAAGGACAAUCAUCAAUGAGACUCGAAUAUCAUGCAAUGAAGAGCUAAUGUGUCAGGGAACCAUCUUUUCAACCUUGACCAAACUUAGUAUUUCAGACAGUGGGAAAUACUUAUGCAAUAUUUCUUCAAGCAAAUAUAUUUUACUCACUACCCAAAACCUGGAUGUAGAAAUGCAUAACGAUGAUAAAGCAGAAGAAACCAAGGCCCUUCAGGAAAAUGGAGCUGAUAAAUGA